CCUACCUAACAUACCAAUAGUUUAAGGGCAAAGGUAACACCACCCUGUCUAUAAAAUCCUCCUCCAUUGGUGGAGACACCUUUUGCUGGAGCUGGGGCAGGGACUGGGGACAGCAGGUAAAGGAAAGGAAGACACCAUGGCAGCUGCUUCAGAUCAGAAUGUGGAGUUUGUGCGAACAGGCUACGGCAAGAACACAGUGAAGGUGCUGGUCAUCAGGAGACAGGGGAGCCACCACUACAUCAUCGAGCUGAAAGCUGACGUGGAGCUCACGCUCAACUCACGCAAGGAUUAUCUAACUGGAGACAACUCAGACAUCAUCCCCACCGACACCAUCAAGAACACUGUCCAUGCUCUGGCCAAGCUCAAGGGGGUCAAGACCAUCGAGCAGUUUUCCCUGGAUAUCUGUCAUCAUUUCCUGACCUCCUUCAACCAUGUGCUGAGGGCCAAAGUUUAUAUGGAGGAGGCUCCGUGGAGACGGUUGGAGAAGAAUGGUGUAGAGCAUGCUCAUGCAUUUAUCUACAGCCCAGAAGCUUAUCACUUCUGUGAUGUUGAACAGAAUCUCAAUGGCACGCCGGUGGUUCACAGUGGGGUGAGGAACAUGACUGUGCUGAAAACCACCCAGUCUGGUUUUGAGGGUUUCUUCCGAGACCGCUUCACUACUCUGAAAGAGGCCAAGGACAGAUGCUUCUGCACCUCUGUCUAUGCUAGGUGGCGCUACAACAAGAUUCAGGAUGUCAACUUUGAUGCUGCAUGGAAGUGUGUGAAGGAGACAAUUAUUGAGAAGUUUGCUGGCCCCUAUGAUCGUGGAGAGUUCUCACCGUCUGUGCAGAAGACCCUAUAUGAAACACAGGUUCUGGUCCUGGAUAGAGUUGCUGAGGUGGAUGAAAUCGAGAUUGUCAUGCCCAACCAGCAUUACUUCACCAUAGACAUGACAAAAAUGGGCCUCAUCAACAAAGAUGAAAUUCUUCUUCCCCUGGAUAACCCUUCAGGCAACAUCACAGGGACAGUGCGGAGGAAACAGCGAGCCAAGCUGUGAAGGCACCUACACAUCCAGAGAAUUCUGCUGCUGUGAUCUACACAUCAAUCAAAGUUCUGAGAACAAAAUUACCUUUACGUAUUUUUUGUCUAAACUACAACUAUAACUCAAGAUUUCCCAAACAUGAUAAAGCUUUUGACCAUGUAACGUGAAUAUGUAAGUAAAAGAAAAACAUUAUCAGUAAAUUCAUAAACUAA